UUUUUUGCAGCUUAAAAUGCCCCCUCGUGUCAACCCUCAGAAAGAUGCAAUUCAGCAUGUUACUUCAAGAACAGAUAAAAUUAACAAGCUAGAGGUGAAGUACAUCAAUGAAGUAAAAGGUCGUGGUAUAUUUGCAAAAGGUUCAUUUUGCCAAGGAGACUUUGUGUUAGAAUAUAGAGGAGAUAGGAUAACUGAAGCAGAAUCUGAGAGAAGACAAAAACUUUAUCACCCAUCAUGUGCAGGAUUUUUUUUUUGUAUUCAAGUGGCACGGGAAAACAUGCUGCAUUGAUGCCUCCAGAGAGGAUGGGUCAUUUGGGAGGCUAGUAAAUGAUGAACACAGACAUCCAAACUGCAGGAUGAAAAAGGUUAAUGUGAAUGGAAGUCCUCACCUCUGUUUGUUUGCCCUCAAAAACAUUCAAGAAGGAGAUGAAAUUACAUAUGAUUAUGGAGGUGCAGACUGCCCGUGGAGA